AUGGAAUCGAUCGAUCCUAAUAUUGUAACUCGAUCUCCGGCGAAAGCUCCGUCAUCAUCUUCAUCGAAUUCGGUGGAUUCAAUCAAUCCAACUAGAUUUCCGGCCAAAGCUCCGUCAACAUCAACAUCUAAUUCAGUUGAUGAAAGAGAAAUAAUUUCGGAAGUAGAAAAUUAUGCAGAUAUUUCAAAGACAUUUUCCGUUCCCGUGCUGAAAGAAAUACCUAAAACAAAUGUUACUCGAACAUUCCAAACGCCGGACGGAUCGCAGUUUUUUGUCCCAAUAGUUGAUUACAAAAGACAACCAGUGAUAGGAAGAAACUAUGGAUCACUUGAAAGAUGUCGUAAGAUGUACCACAAGUAUGUUUAUUAUUCUGGUUUUGAAAUCAGAAAAGGGAGCCAGAAAACUAAUUUGUCGGGAUUGGUAAGACAAAAGUACUAUCUUUGUCACAGAGCUGGAGAAAGAAAGAAGGUUAACAUAGAUAGUUUAGAAAGAAAUGAAAAACAAGUUAGAAAAAGCAGCAUGGAAUCCACUGGAUGUAGAGCUAGAGUGAGAUUUGACUUGGAUUACUUGAACGAAACAUACAUAAUAGCUGAUUUCCAUGCAAUUCAUAAUCAAGAAUUGGUUCCGCGAGAGUAUAGACAUCUAUGCAAAACAGAUAGACAACUAAAAUAUGCAGAGCAGCUAUUUGUCUACAACGCCUCCAUCUCAAACGUUAGACCAACAAAAGCUCAUCAACUGUACAGUAACUUGAAGGGGAGCUCGUUAAAUGUAAACGGGACAGUUGAUGAUUUCAGAAACUGGAAGAGGGACCUAAAUGUGUACAUCAAUGAAAGUGACGCUCAAAUUUUAGUUAACAAAAUGAUGGAAAUGAGAGAACAUAUACCUAGUUUUGCAUUUGAGUAUAAGGUUGACAACUCUGAAUUGCACUCACUCUUUUGGGCCGAUAAUGUAGCAAGGCGUAACUAUGAAGAAUUCAGCGACAUAAUGUCCUUUGAUGCAACGUAUCGGACAAACAGGUAUAUUUUUUAG